AUGAAAUCUCUCAAUCUCAUUUUGAAGAAUCUGUGGAUGAUAAUAAUAUAUACUAGCGACAUAGUUGAUUUUUUAAAAGAAAUCGAUGAUGACGACGAUAAUUAUGAGUGUCUUUUAGAAGAAAACGAGGAUGAUGGUGAUAUUGAUGACAACAAUUACAUUGAUGAUCGUCAAUCGCAAAUAGAUACUCGGAAUUUUGAUGAUCACCCUUUGUUCGAACAAGAUUAUCGUUGCCUCCCAUUAUCUUUCCACGACAAAAUAAAUGAUGAUUUAUCAGUUGGUAAUAGAAUCAUUAUGCCCUCCACGGAUCUUGAAUUUAUCAUAGAAAAUCAAGUCCCCUUGCCUUUACAAUUCGAGAUUCAUAACUUAUCGGAAGGGAAGUUUUCCCAUUGUGGGGUUCUCGAGUUCAGUGGACAUGAAGACGGUGUAGUGUUCUUACCAGAUUGGAUGAUGGAAAACUUGCAACUAAAAGCAUGUGAUUUCGUCUAUAUGAAGAAUAAAAAGCUAGAAAAAGGAAGUUACAUCAAGAUUCAACCACACACAAGUGAUUUUAUUUCUAUUCCGAAUCCGAAAGCUGUGUUGGAAGAAAAUUUACGUAAAUUUUGUUGCUUAACAAAGGGUGAUACCAUAAUCAUCAGCCACGGGAGCAAAAGGUUUUAUAUUGACAUAGUGGAAACUAAGCCCGACGAUGCUAUUAGCAUUGUGGAUAUAGACUGCAACGUUGAUUUCGCUCCUGCUUUGGAUUACGAAGAGCAUGCAAUUCCCGUUUCAAUUAAUUUUGGUUUAAAGAAGAAGCAAGAAAAGGAGGAAGAAACUCAGAAAUCCGAGUUCAAACCUUUCACGGGUUUAGCCACAAAAUUGAAUGCAGAACCAUGUUGCAGUACUUAUCUACCUAAAAUCGGCAGAAAUAGGGAGGUGGGUGAAGCAAAUUCAAAGAGAAGUUCAAUCUGCAAAUCAGAGGUUACGAAUCAGAAUAAAGAAACUGAGGAUACGCCAAAGUUUCAAGCUUUUACAGGGAGGAGCUACACAAUAGAGAGGUGA